AUGGAAACAAAAGCGACGUUAGAGUUCUUCGGGACAACUACUUUUAGGCUGAAAUGGAAGGGCUUGACCAUCUUCCAUGACACUUGGCUCGAUAAACCAGAGGGUUUGAAGCGUUACCUCGAGCUUGAGGACGUAACAGAACUAGAUUACAUCGUCAUCUCUCAUGCCCACUUCGAUCACCUUCCCGGCGCGGAUCAAUUGGCUCUCAGAACAGGAGCUAAGGUCAUUGCCAAUGGUGAGGCCAUCAAAUGUCUUGGAGAAGCAGGCGUCCCAGACACGCAGUUGAUCCCAGUAAGCGGCGGCGAAAGAGUACCCCUCUUCAGCAAGGAGAUCCUCAAAAAGGCUGCAGAAGGCCUAAUUGAUCGAGCUCCAGCACCACCGACAGCGCCUCCUAUGCCGCAUGUCAAGUAUGCCACAGCCGCAGUCCACGUUUGGCCGUCACUGCACUCUUUAAUUCCUGCAAUUACUCCCCACGACCUCCCAGAAGAAUUCGAUACCGCAGAGAAGUUUACCGGCGAAGCCACCCCGUUCGAUUGUACCUUGGACAUCACCCGACUGAUGCAGUUUGGUCUCUUCAAGAUGAAGGAGUUUCUACCCGAGGAGAGCAUGGACCCGGGGACGCGGUCCUUUGCCAAUUAUGUGCAGGACCGCCAGAAACACGUCAUGUCGCACUUUGAUGGCGGCCAGCUGAUGUAUAAUUUCGUCGCUGACGGGAAGAGCAUCUUGUUUAACAGUCACUUGGGCGUGUACCAAGGCAUCGCCCAGUGUCUGACGCCCAAGCCCACUGUUGCUAUCAUGGGAGUCGGCGGUCGAGCCAAUCUUGAUGGGAGACCGUACCAAGGCUCGGCAGCUGAAUUCCUCGUGAAGCAGGCUAAGUGGCUUGGUGAACCCACCAGUAUUUAUUUCUGCCUGAAUGAUGAAAGCAUCAUCAAACCAUUGAGAGUGAAUGUCACGGCUGCAAAGGAUAUACUUGAACGGGAGACAGCGGCUAGAGCCAUUGAUACGCAGCCUGGGAAAACGUACACCCUGGAUAUCUAG